GGUUCAGAUUUAGGCGUCCCUCGUGUCUCUCAUCUCAUUGUUUAUAAAUUAAAAGCCAAGGUUCAUCACUCCAAAGGUGUAGCUAUGUCGGACACUGAGUUAUGCCGGCUGUGUGCAGAAUCCAAGAUCAAAGUCAUUGGUAUUUAUGAUCCCGAGGGGCUCAAAUUAGCAAUUGAAGAGAAAAUUGCCAAGUUUCUUGAUUUACAGGUUGUUACAUCAGAUAAUCUUCCUCUUUCAAUCUGCACCGAUUGCUACGAUCUCCUAGACCAAUGCAGCCUCUUCUACGAGAGAAGUCAUCAGGCCCAGAUUUCUCUCCGCCACCUCUUAAUCGAUAUCAAGCCCUUGCGAGAUUCUUCUGAUUCCACCGUCGACUCUGUGGAGAAGAUAAUUGGGGGUUCAAAUAAAACCGAGGAAGAAACGGCGGAAUUCGGUGACGACUACAUCCCAGGAGAUGAGCUGGACCCAGACUACCUCACUGACGAUGUGGAGCAGAGGGAGAUCCCGGAGGUUGACCACAAAUACGCGCCAGCAGAGGUUCCCCCAGAGAAAGAAAAAAUCCUGAGAACCAAGAAAACCCCGAAGCAGAGCAUGAAGCAGGUGAGAAGACGAACGAGAAAGCUAAGUCCAAUUGCCUCGGGGUCUGACACCGAGGACGUAAAGAUCCCCGAGAACUACAUGACUGGAACAGAAUCAGACAAAGAAAUGAUAGAGUCCAGGAUAGUCGAUUAUCCAAAAUCAAAGACUCGUGGAAGAACACUGGACAGAUACCCCUGGCUGUGCACAGACUGCAACGACAAACUUCCAUCGUUGGACUCACUGGAGCAACACCACAAGAUUACCCACAAUCAACAGGCGAAAUACAUGUGCGUCCAAUGCUGCAAAAUCUUCGAUAAGUAUCAGGCGUUCCUAAGUCACGUGAGGAGACACAAGAACAAAUCAAAAUUCACCUGCGAGGAAUGUGGAAAAUCCUUCGUCCACAAGAAAGUCCUGGAGUCCCACCGGGCAAUUCACAGCGAGGAGAGGCCACACGUUUGCCAGACGUGUGGCAAGAGUUUUCGUCAGCAGAGUGCACUCUACAUCCAUGGGAGGUGUCACCUCCCAGAUACCAUGAAGAAUCGAUAUCCCUGUGAUCAGUGUGGUAAGAGAUUCUCCACGAAGCCAAAUCUCGUCACUCACAAGAGGAUUCACUCAGGUGUAAGGAAUUUUACUUGUGACCAGUGUGGUAAGAGCUUCAUCCAGAAGGGAAACCUCGAGGCACAUUUCCUCACUCACUCUGCUGACAAGCCCUACAACUGUUCCCUGUGCACUAAGGCCUUCAAGACCCCUCUUCAGCUGAAGAAACAUGAGACCGUUCACACUGGUGACAAACCCCAUCAGUGCGCAGUCUGUGGUAGGACUUUCAGAGAAAAGGGAACUCUGAGGGAACACCACCGGAUCCACACUGGAGCCAUGCCAUUCACCUGUGAAUUCUGUGGAAAAUGCUUCAGGUUCAAGGGCAUUCUUACGACUCAUAGGAGACAGCACACUGGAGAGAGACCGUACAGUUGUCUCGAGUGCCAGCAUCAUUUCACUAAUUGGCCUAAUUAUAAUAAACACAUGAAGAGAAGACAUGGAAUCAAUACAUCGCAUACCAAACAUUUGCCACAGAAUCCUCUUCAGCUGCAUGUGCAGGAGGAAGAGGCUGGAGGCCAGAGCACUGAAUCGGCAGGCAAUGUUGAGGUGACGCACAUAAUUGCUGAGACCUCCACACAGUCAAUUAUUCUUGAAACUGUUCCCACCCCAGCUGUCGAAACUUUCCAGACUGAAUCUCCUGCUAAUAUCCAGACUGCUCCAUUGUUUCGUGAUAAAAAUACCACCACCACCUACUUCAAUGCAGUACCAGUGACGAUACAGAAUUUUCUAACGCCGAAUGUACCUUAUAAUUUUUACACUGUUCCCAGUGUCAACGAGAAUGAAUCGAUUCUACCAAAAUAGGAAAUUCAAUAGUUCAUGAAAAUUUGACAUUUUCAUCGAUUCCAAAAUUCAGCUCUUGAAUUUCAACAGAACAAUCAGUACUAAUAUAAGCAAUAAUUAGAAUAAUUCAGCAAUGAUAACGAUAAUUGCAACUAUCAUGAGGAAUGUAAUUUCUGAAUUGUUUUUUUUUUAAGAAAGAAUUUGAUAAGAUCAUUAUCAAAACAUUGUUAUCGUUUGGUCAUGUCAAAAUGUUCUAGACAGCUGGUGAUGAAUUUCUGUGUUUUACAAUAAAACGACUUUGAAGAGUGA